AUGACGUUUCAUACUCUCGUGCGAUCCAACUUCUCGAUGGUUUUCGUUCUUGACUUUUUCCACGAAGUUUGUCCAAGUGGUGUUGCCGUACAACUUUGUUUUCAUAUCGAUUUCUGUGUACGAGCGUCACUAAAUAAUUCUUCCUGAAUUACAGCUGCUGAACAUACUGAAGCCUCUUCGACACACUUGCUAGCCGCUAACGAAGAGAGGCGUUUCUUCUCAACGUAUCGCUAAACAGAGAUCAGUCGUGAGAGUCAAGAGGUUGUUAUCAUCGGGUGAGAAUGUGUGCCAAACGUCUGAAAGAAGAGAACGGGGAGAAAAUUUGUGGAGCAAAUGAGGAGAAUGGGCGACAACGUCAUCUACUAGAUGCUGUUUUCAAGAAGCCCCAAGACAGAGCAGAUGUCAGUGAAGAAUAUCUUCACCCUGAGCAGCAGGAGCCAGGCCCCCCUCAUAUUAAGGAGGAAGAGGAGCCAGAGCCACCUUACAUUGAAGAGGAAGAGAACUCAGAGCCUUACAUUAAAGAGGAAGAGGAGGAGGCUGAUAUCACCAAGUUUCCUUUGACUGUCAUUGUGAAGAGUGAAGAUGAUGAUGAAGAAAGUGAUGGAGACCACUGUGGAGGAUCCCAAGCGGACAACCUCUUAGCUCCACUAUCAGAUUGUGAAGACAUAAUGUCACACGCUUCAGACACUCAUGAUGAACAUUCUAAUGGUGAUAUGACAUGUCACAGUGUCAACAAACGCUGGAAAUGUUCUCACUGUGACAAAACUUUUGUCUCCAAGUAUGUUUUGAAAAAUCACAUGAUUACCCACACAGGGGAGAAAACUUUCAGCUGCUCAGAUUGUAGUAAAAGAUUUGCUCGGAGGGAACAUUUGAACACACACGCAAGAACUCACAGUGGAGAGAAACCUUUUACCUGUUCAGUGUGUGGGCAAAGAUACUCUCGAAAGGCAAGUUUAAUAAGGCAUGCAAGAACACACACUGGAGAGAAACCUUUUGCCUGCUCAGUCUGCACCUUUGCGUUCAGUGACCGCUCAGGAUUGGUUCUACACAUGAGAACACACACUGGGGAGAAACCCUUUUCCUGCUCAAUGUGUGGUAAAAGAUUUGUUCGAAGUCGCAAUUUGACAAGACACUCAAGAACACAUACUGGAGAGAAACCUUUUGCUUGUUUAGUUUGUGGUAAAAUGUUCUCUUUAAAAGAAAGUUUAAUAAGUCACACAAGAACACACACAGGAGACAAACCUUUUUCCUGCUCAGUGUGCGGUGUUAGAUUAACUCAAAAGUUUAGUUUAACAAAUCACAUGAGAAUACACACUGGAGAAAGACCUUUUGCCUGCUCAGUUUGUGAUAAAAGAUUCUCUGAGAAGCGAUAUUUAACAGUGCACAAAAGAACACACACUGGAGAGAAACCUUUUGCCUGCUCAUUAUGCACCUCAAGUUUCAGUGAACGUUCAAAGUUGGUUAAACACACAAGAACACACACUGGUGAGAAACCAUUCAGUUGCAGUGUGUGUGAUAAAAGAUUCUCACGUAAGGAUCAGCUUAAGAAGCACAAGUGUGCUGGUGAAAAGAGCAGUGGUCAGUGAAGCUCCAGGACUUUAAAUUGUAAACUUGUAACUAUGACUUUCUCGCCCACAUACAGUAAAUGUUGAUCGCUUGUGGUAAGCUAGCUGUAAAAGUGUAUAUGGGAUCCUGAAUUUUAAAAAAAAGUAGUCAAACAUCAAUAGUAUUGAGGAUCUAAUAAUAUUUAAGCAUUGUGAUCAUUACCCACAUCUAUCUAUCGAUCGAUCUAUCUAUCUAUCUAUCUAUCUAUCUAUCUAUCUAUCUAUCUAUCUAUCUAUCUAUCUAUCUAUCUAUCUAUCUAUCUAUCUAUCUAUCUAGCUAUAUAGCUAUCUAGCAUCCAUCCAUCUCAUAUCCCAAAAUACUCCUCUACGUGGCGCAGUAUUUUAUCCUAGCCCAGAAAGAGAAGGUUUCAGUGUCUAUAUCUUUGUCACAACAUUACAUGAUACUUGGGUUAUUACAAGUGUAGUCAGAAGUUCACAUUCACACCCAUCAUGGACAUGUAUGUCUUAGUAACACUGGUCUUUUAGUGUGUCCUAUCACAGGACUAGAUCUUGAUCUGAAGGCUGUGGCUGUUACUUGUAUACAGGGAGGGAAAAAAAUCUCCUGACCUCAACCCUAUUGAGAGUCUCUGGAGCGUCGCUCACGCGUAGCCUAACUGACUUCAGCUCCUGUAGUCACUCACUAAAGGCACAUGUCCACCACAUGAAUACUAUAGUAUGUAUAGGAAUUAAACAUUAGAAACCCAGUUUACAUCUUUACAUGCUUGUUAUAUUAUUAUUUUUAGACAAUACAGUGCUAUUUUCUCUAUUAAAAACAUGAAAGCAAACAUUGAGAGGUUAAUGGUGAGUUGUAUAUUCCAUCAUUUGUUUUUAUUUUGUUUGUUUCUAUGUCAGUCUGUCAAAAUAUGUCUUUUGAUGAAACCAGUCCCUGUUGUUGUGUGUUUGACUGUCCCUUUCAAUAAAUGGCUGA